AUGCGCGAUUUGUGCAAUGCAAUUAGUGACCACUGUAAACAGCUGACGUCUCGGAUCGAUGCAGUUCUAGCCCUAGAAUCUCGAGGCUUCCUUUUCGGACCUCAGGUUGCCAUGAAUCUUAAGGUGCCAUUUGUUCCUGUUCGCAAGAAGGGGAAGCUACCCGGAGCGGUGCUUUGCGCCAGUUACGCCAAAGAGUAUGGCUUUGUAAGUGAAUUUUGA